AUGCCGGAGCGGGUCCCUGACCUACUGACGACGAGUUCAGAUGGCUGACUCUACCGGGCCGCGGGCUUCUGGCCACAAAGCCCGGGCUCCUCGCGCCUCCCGAAACGCCGCAGGUGCUAAACAGACAAGUGCCUUGAAACAAGAAGAUGCUUCCAAAAGGAAAGCAGAACUAGAAACAGCUGUGAAAAAGAAGAUUGAAUUUGAAAGAAAAGCUCUGCAUAUUGUUGAGCAGCUUUUAGAAGAGAAUAUUACAGAAGAAUUUCUAAUGGAGUGUGGGAAGUUCAUCACACCCGCUCACUACAGUGAUAUUGUGGAAGAGCGUUCUAUUGUCAAAUUCUGUGGUUAUCCUUUAUGUCAGAAGAGGCUGGGAAUUGUACCAAAACAGAAAUAUAAAAUUUCUACCAAAAACAAUAAAGUCUAUGAUAUUACUGAAAGAAAGUCUUUUUGCAGCAACUUUUGUUAUCGAGCAUCUAAGUUUUUUGAAGCACAAAUUCCCAAAACUCCAGUAUGGGUUCGAGAAGAAGAAAGGCAUCCUGAUUUUCAGCUGCUAAAGGAAGGACAAAGUGGCCAUGCUGGAGAAGAAGUACAGUUAUGCAGUAAAGCCAUUAAAACAUCAGAUAUUGACACUCCUGGCCAUUUCAAAAAGCAAUAUGAAUCCAGUUCUUCUAGUACUCAUAGUGAUAGUAGCAGUGAUAAUGAGCAAGACUUUGUUUCCUCCAUUCUACCAGGAAACAGACCAGAUGCACCAGGUAUAAGGCCACAGCUGCACAAAAAAAGCAUAAUGAAAAUGAAAGCUGGUCAAAAAACUGAUUCCAAACACAAAGACAAAGAACAGACAGUAGUAGAUGUCACUGAGCGGUUAGGCAAUUGCAGAUUAGAAAAUCAGGAGAAAGCUGCUGCUUGUGAACUUCCUUUACGGAAAUUAAAAACUCACAUUUCUUCAAAUAGUCCUUUGCAUGAAAAAGUAAAAGCUUCAGAAAAUUCUGAAAAUAAAUACAAUUGGUCAGAAAUAACUCUAGUAGGCAUAAGUAAGAAAAGUGCUGAGCAUUUUAAGAGGAAAUUUGCCAAAUCAAACCAAGUUUCUAGGUCUGCAUCUAGUUCGGUGCAGGUGUGUCCUGAAAUUGCAAAGACAAACUUACUUAAAGUCCUGAAGGGUACUUUGAUUGAAUGGAAGACAGAAGAAACUUUAAGGUUUCUGUAUGGCCAGAAUUAUACUUCUGUGUGUCUGAAACCCUCUUCAGCCUCUCUGGUUAAAGAAGAACUUGACGAAGAUGACAUAAACUCUGACCCAGAUAGUCAUUCCCCUAGCUUGAGGGAAUCUCAGAACAGCUUGGAUGAGUCUUUACCUUUUAGGGACUCAGACACAGCUAUUAAACCAUUGCCAAGUUAUGAGAAAUUGAAAAAAGAGACUGAAACAUUAAAUCUAAGGAUCAGGGAGUUUUAUAGAGGACAAUAUGUUUUGAAUGAAGAAAAUACCAAAUCACAAGACUCAGAAGAGCAUGAACCCACCUUUCCACUGAUAGAUUCAAGUUCCCAGAACCAGAUUAGAAGACGCAUCGUACUUGAAAAAUUGAGUAAAGUAUUGCCUGUACUUUUGGGUCCUCUUCAGAUUACAUUGGGAGAUAUUUCCACACAACUUAAAAAUCUUGUUCGAACUUUCAGAUUAACAAAUAGAAAUAUUAUACACAAACCUGCAGAGUGGACUUUAAUUGCUAUGGUGUUGCUGUCACUACUGACCCCGAUUCUUGGCAUUCAGAAGCAUUCUCAGGAAAAUGUGGUAUUUAUACAGUUUAUAGCCACCCUGCUUGAAGAAUUACAUCUAAAGAAUGAAGACCUUGAAAGUUUAACCAUCAUAUUUAGAACCAACUGUUAACCAGAGUGAUAUAAUGCAUGAAGACAGAAUAAAAGAUGAACUUCUAUUCACCAUUUUUGGAAUUCUAACCACAAUGAUGGUCUAGUGGUGACUGAUAACUAGCUUUGUUACAAAAAAGACCUUUACCUCCUUAGAUUUCAACCCCUACCUCCCAGUCCCUAACUGUAGAGGAUAACUUCCCUAGAAGAGAACAAUUACUCCAAUAAGGAUAAUCAAGUCCUUGUAUCCCUAGCUACAAGACAUAGUAUUUUUAUUUGAAAAUGAAAGUUGAAGUCUUAAAUUGAAACUUGGAAUGAAUAUUCAAGAAAAUAUAAUAACCUCUGAUUUUUCUGGAUGAUUCCAGCCAUCAUAUCGGUUAACCAAAAAAAAAAAGAGAGAGAGAGAGAGAAAAUUACCAUUUUGGCCUCCCAAUCUAAACUCUAGAUUCUGAAGAACAGCAAACAAUUAGGUCAAUAAAUGCAAUCUAAGAUGAAGCCCUUUGGAAGUCUAGUCAUUUUUCUUUUAAAGAAGCUGACUGUGCUGUAAAAUGGUCCUGAGCAACAAGGUUAACCUCACAAGUCCAAAACAGGAGAAUCCCAGAACUUUCUGGACUCAAGGAAAUAAAAACAAAAUGGAAUCUGUAGUUUGUUUUCAAGAGAGACAAUCUCUAGAAUUCAGAUUACUUUUCAAAGUGUAUGUCAAGCAGGCAAGUUAGCAGGACCUCCAGAGCAGUUUAGAUGGGCCUCAGAUAAUGUGGGGAGCUUUACUGAAGGGCCAAGAAAAAAGAUAAAAUCAGAUCUAUACUUUUGGACACUGGAGGAAAUGACAGCUGCUAAAGCCCAACUCUGGAAAGAGGCCAGAAAGCAGCCUGGUGGAACGGGGAGGUCAGUGGGCAAGGACAUGGGGAUAUGAAUUCCCUUCUUGGCUCUGCUGAAGAUUGGUUCUGUGGCCAAGUUACCUAGACUUUCUGGAUUUCAGUUCUGUACUCUGUAACAUAAGGCAAUGGGUCAUACAAUCUCUUUGGGAAAGGACUUGCAAAAACUAAAACUGCACGCAAAGGCUGCUGCUACCAUGUUGUUGGUCUGGGGCCUCUAACAUUUUUUUUACUCAUCUGACUGGAUGAGGGUCUAACCACAACAAAAAGCAUAGUGUGGGAGAACUAAUCAAGUUUAACAAGGUCACAGACUACAGUAUGAAUAUAUAAAAAUCAAUUGUGGUGUUGUAUACAAGCAAUGAAAAAUCCAAAAAUGAAAUUAAGACAAUUCCAUUCACAAUAGCUCAAAGAAUUAAAUACUUAGGAAUAAAUUUAACAAAAGAAGUACAAGACUUGUGUAAUGAAAACUAUAAGACAUUCAGAGAAAUUAAAGGUAUAAAUAAAUGUAGAAACAUUCCAUGUUCAUGAAUUGCAAGGUCCAGUAUUGUUAAGAUAGUAGUUCUCCCCAAGUCUACGGAUUCAAUGCAAUCCCUAGCAAAAUCACAGUGGACUUUUUUGAAAAAUUGACAAGCUGGUCCUAAAAUUUAUUUGGAAAUGCAAAGGAUUCAGCAUAGCCAAAACAAUUCUGAAAAUGAAGAGCACUUCUUGAUUUCAAAACUUACUACAAAGCUACAGUACUCAAGAUGGUGUGGUAUUGAUAUAAAGACAGGCAGAUAGAUCAGUGGAACAGAAAUGAGAGUCCAGGAAUAAAUCCUCACAUUUAUGGUAAUUGACUUUUGACAAAGGUGCCAAGGCAAUUCAACGGAGAAAAGAUAGUCUUUUCAACAAAUAGUGCUAGAACUAAUAGAUAUCAGAUGCAAAAACAUUAAUUUAGACCCUUAAUUCCUACCAUACACAAAAAUAACUCAAAAUGGAUCAGAGACUACAUGAGAGUUUAAAACUUUUAGAAGAAAACAUAAGAGAAAACCUAGAUGACCUUGAUUUAGGAAAAGAGAUCUUAAGACACCAAAAGCACAGUCCACAAAAGAAAAUAUUAACAAGUUGGACUUCAAAGUAUAAAACUUUUCUGCUUCAGAGAAACACCAUUAAAAUUAAUUGACAAACCAGACUGGGAAAAAACAUUUUCAAAUCAUAUAUCUGAAAAAGGACUUAUAUCUAGAAUAUGUAAAGAAUUCUUCAAACUCAAAAAUAAGGCAAACAAUUUGAAAAUGGGCAGAAGAUUUGAAUAGAAUUUUAGCAAAGAAGAUAUACAAAUGGCUUAGCAUAUUUUCAGAUGUGUGGUGAUUAGGAAAUUGUAAGUUGAAACUAAAAUGAGAUACCACUUCACACCCAUUAGAAUGAUUAUAAUAAAAAAGACAUAAGGUAAGUGUUGGUGAGGAUGUAGAGAAACUGAAGCUUUAAUACAUUGCUGGUGGGAAUGUAAAAUGAUGCAGCCACUUUAAAGAACAGUUUGGCAGUAUUUUAAAAAGUUAAACAUGUUUACCAUAUGAUCCGGCAGUUCCUUCCACUCAGUAUUCCACCUGAAGAGAAAUGAAAAUAUGUUCACACAAAGACUUGUAGGCAAAUGUUCACAGCAGUAUUAUUUAUUUACUCAAAAAGUGGAAAUAAUCCAAGUGACCAUCAACUGGUAAAUGGAUUUUUAAGUGAUAUAUCCAGACAGUACAGUACUGAUACAUGCUACAGCAUGGAUGAACCUCAAAAACAUUAUGCUAAGUGAAAGAAGUCUGAUACAAUAGACCAACAUAUGGUAUGAUUCUAUUUAUAUGAAAUAUCCAGAAAAGGCAAAUCUCUAAAGCACAUAUUAAAUUAGUGGUUCCAUGGGCCUGGGGUGAAAACAGAUAUUGUCUGCAAAUGGGCACAGGGGCUCUCUUUGGGGUGCUGAAAAUGUUCUAAAAUUAAAUUGUGGUUUUUGCACAACUUUCUAAACUUUAAAAAUAAUUGUUUUGUGCACUUUAAACAGGUGGAUUUUAUGUGUAUAAAUUAUACCUCAAUAAAACUUAAAAAUCAUAGAUGAUAACAGGGCCCUGUCUCUGACCUACUAGUGACACCCGCCAGGGGUAAAGAGGGGGAGAAGCUGCUAUAUCCCCACUUCUUCCUUCCUUGCACCCAGAUAUAUAUCUUCAGUUAUCUCCUACACUCUGCAGGUCUAGAGGCCUUAGGUGAGGUAUCAUUAGCUCACUAUAGAAACAUUAGGAAUCCAAGUGAACCACUGCCACCAGGUCACUGCAGGGCCAGCUGCUUUUGGGGAUGCUGCAUCUGCCUCUAACACACUCCUACCAAGUUUUUGUUAGCUUGGGAAGACUAAAGCAGAAUUCAGUUCAAAAUACUGUACUGGAUCUUAGUUUCUAAAUAUCAUUUUCUAGUAAAAGGAACCAAGACUUCUUGGGAAAAUGGCUAGUUCUAAGGCUGGGCAGGGGAAAUACAAGAUAAGCCCGAAGCAUCUUGAUAGUACCAGAAAGUAAGCAAGUGCUCAAAACAAGCGGAUAGGAGCAUGUCAAAGGGACACAGGAAACAAUCUGAAAGACCUCCCAAUGGCCAAUGCUGGAAGAAUUUUGUCAACAAUAUAAGCAAUAUUGGAUUAUAACCCAAAGUAUAAAAUAUACAUGAGUUCAUACUGAUAUAAAUGAUGGAAUAAAUAAAUGGAGAAGAGACACAUCUUCCUUACGAAAGAGUUCCAAAUAAUAUAUGUAGGGCCCUUUCACGCUACCCACAGAGGGGUCCAUAUGGCGUUCUUAGUACCCAUCAUGACCUAAAGAGAAACUUUCACAAUGUCCAGGAACCCUUGAUGUCCUG